AUGUGCAGAUUAUAUGGAGAUGAGAGUGAGACAAUUGAACAUGCACUACUUAACUGCUGUUAUGUCAAACAAGUGUGGAGGAUUGCCCCAAUCCAAUGGGAAGGAAUGAUGGACCAACAGGGAUGCUUCAGGAAAUGGUGGACCAAUGUUGCAGAAGCAAAAUCAAGAAGUGAAGGAAAUGAGCACCUAUCCUUAACUGUUAAUAUUCUUUGGCAAAUCUGGAAGAGUAGGAAUGAGAAAGAAUUCAAUGGGAAACAACAUCCCUCAAUUAGGACAGUACAGAAAGCUCAGGAGGAAUGGCUGGAAUUUGUGGAAGCUACAGCAAAGGCAUCAAGAAUGAGCACAGAAGAAACAGGUACUCAGGAGACAUUUUUACAGCAAGAGGAAAUGAUUGAAGACACACUGAGCUUGAGAAUUGCUUCAAAAAAGAUGCAAAACAGCCCCCACAUAGGAAUAAGGAUAACAAUAUCCCUGAACAACCAGGAACCUGCGAGAGACUGGGGACUGCACGAGAGAAGCACAAGCCACCAGCUCAUAGAUGAUCUAGCAGUUGUCAAACUUUUGAUGAGUAAAGCUGCAAUGCAGGAGUGGAGGAAGAUUCUGAUCCAGACGGAUAGUAAACAAGUUCUCAAGCUUAUUCUGAACAGCAAAACUCAGGACAUGCAUUUGGCCACCUUGCUGGAGGAUAUCCAUCAUUUAAAGUCUUUGUUUCGCAUGUGCUCCUUUUGUUUAGUUAGUAAAGAUUUUAAUCAUCUUAGUGACAAGAUUAGUGGUUAUGCAGUAGGCAUAUUGCAAGACGAGGAACUCUGGUUCCCUCAGUGCCAUGGUGCACUGAUUGUGUAG